AUGGAGAAGGAUGAGUCGAUCGCCAUCACCUCGGGUGCGAUGGUCGAUGAGACCGCACCCGAUGAGACGCUGAAGCAGCUGCGCAACCUCAAAGACCACCACCACUGGGACCCUAAUAUGCCCGAGGAUGUUGUCGAGGAACUCGAUGAGGCCCUACACACCUCCGACAAGCGGACCCAGGAGGCCAUUGCCCAAGAGCUCCUCGACAACUCUCCUUACCCUGAAGUUCGAUCCGCUGUCUCCAAUGUUGAUGAGGGUGGCAAUUGCAAUACCUUUCGCGCCUGGGUGAUUGGAUUGCUAUUUGCGACCAUCGGUUCAGCCCUCAACAUGUUGUUCUCCAUGCGCCAGCCAUACAUUAUCAUCCCGUCGUACAUUGCACAGGUUGUCGCCUAUCCCGUGGGAAAGGCUUGGGAAAAGUUCAUGCCGAAAAAAACAUUCCGCAUCUUCGGCUAUGAGAUGGAACUCAACCCGGGCACAUUCACUAAGAAAGAGCAUACAAUUUCAGUCAUCAUGGCAAACGCCACCUUUGGUGGUGGUGCCGCCUACGCGACGGAUGUUAUCUUGGCUCAACGUGCCUUCUACGGACAGCACUUCGGCUGGGGCUUCGAAAUUCUCAUGUGUAUCUCGACUCAGAUGCUGGGCUUCGGUAUGGCAGGCUUUUUCACCCGCUUCUUGGUGCAGCCCGCCGCCAUGAUCUGGCCCUCGACUCUGAUCAAUACCUCCCUCUUCACUGCACUCCACGAUCGCACCAGGCCAGACCCUGCCAAGGUCUCCGGGUGGAGGAUUGGCAAAUACCAAAUGUUCCUGUACGCUAUGAUCGGAUCCUUUACCUGGUACUGGUUCCCUGGUUAUAUUGCGCCUUUCCUGAGCAUCUUUGCCUGGAUCACUUGGAUCAAGCCACAAAACGUCGUCGUCAACCAGCUUUUCGGUGGAGCUACAGGCCUCUCGCUCCUUCCAAUGACAUUCGACUGGACUCAAAUCUCGGGAUUCAAUUUCAGCCCUCUGAUUGCUCCGUGGUACGCUAUCUCGAACACUCUGAUCGGCAUGUUCGUCUUCUUCUGGAUUGUCACCCCAGCUAUUCACUAUUCCAACCUUUUCUACGCUCAAUAUCUGCCUAUGAGUGACUCCAGCAGUUAUGAUAACACUGCCCAUGUUUAUAAUGUGUCAAAGAUUCUGACUCCCGACUACACCUUCGAUGCCACAAAAUAUGAGAGCUAUUCUCCGCUCUUCCUUUCAACGACUUUCAUGCUGGCUUACGGUCUAUCAUUUGCCAGUGUCAUCUCUGUCCUCGUCCACGCAGCUCUGUACAAUGGCAAGGAUAUCUGGGCUCGGUUCCGUCGCGUGGGAAAGGAAGAGGAAGACGUCCACGGCCGCCUGAUGGCCAACUACAAGACAGUUCCCCUUUGGUGGUAUGGUGUUGUGACCGUCGUCAUGACCGCAAUCGGAUUCGGGGUUGUUUUGGGCUGGCCCACACAUAUGGCUUGGUGGUCUUUCAUCAUUUCCCUGCUCAUCGCCAUUGUCUGGUUCGUUCCUAUUGGCAUUGUCAAGGCUGCUACCAAUAUUGACAUUGGUCUCAACGUCAUCACGGAGUUCAUUAUUGGAUACAUGCAGCCCGGUCGUCCUAUGGCCAUGAUGUUGUUCAAGACUUAUGGUUACAUUAGCAUGUACCAGGGAAUGUACUUCUGCCAGGAUUUGAAAAUCGGUCACUACAUGAAGAUUCCUCCGCGUGUGACUUUCUCAGCCCAGAUGGUCGCUUGUCUGUGGUCUUCGCUGGUUCAGAUCGCCACCAUGAACUGGGCUUUGGGCGCAAUCAAGGGCGUAUGUGACCAGUUCCAGCCCGACCACUUCACAUGCCCCAACGGUCGUGUGUUCUUCAACGCCUCCGUUAUCUGGGGUGUCAUCGGACCCGCCCGCAUGUUCUCCCCCGGUCAGCUAUACUCAUCCCUGAUGUGGUUCUUCCUCGCCGGUGCCAUCCUCCCUGUCAUUCUCUGGUUCCUUGCCCGUCGCUUCCCCAAGACUCCCAUCAAGUACCUCAACGGUCCCAUUAUCUUCGGUGGUUCCGGGUUAAUCCCCCCGGCCACGCCCCUGAACUAUCUCACCUGGGGUAUCGUCGGAUUCAUCUUCAACAAGUACAUCCGUGAUCGCUGGCGCGGUUGGUGGAUGCAGUACAACUACGUCCUGUCUGCCGGUCUCGAUGUUGGUCUUGCUCUGUGCACGAUCCUGAUCUUCUUGACCCUUAACCUGACCGACACUGAUUUCCCCUCGUGGUGGGGCACCAAGAUCGCCUCCGGGACCCUGGACGUUACCGAUGGCGCCAUUCGCCAGCCUCUUGCCGAGGGCGAGACCUUCGGUCCUGCCAAGUGGUAG